UUCGUACCUAGCAGUCGACGACUCGUCGAACCUGUAGCUAUAAUCACUGCGCCAAGAGUUGCUCCAGCUUCAAUCAUGCCGGAGGCGGUGAUGUGGGAGGGCGUGAUCACGGCGCUGAUCGUCGCACUCGCGGCACCGCUGCUGCACUACCUGUGGUUCUCGCUGUGGAGGAUGUUUCGACCCGACCUGCCGCCUGGACCGCGAGGCCUGCCUCUCCUCGGCUACCUGCCAUUCAUGACCGAGUACGGACAUCGGGACAUCGAGACGCUCAAGCAGAAAUACGGCAACGUGUUCGGACUCCAGCUUGGUUUACGGUACGUGGUCUUCUUGUGCGACUUCGGCUCCAUAAAGGAGGCCCUCUCGAACGACGCCCUGCUCGACCGGGCCCAUGAAUUUCCCUUCAACGUCCACGAGAAAUCUCAAAGUGCUCCUUACGCAGGCAUUACACUGGCCAACGGGCGGCGUUGGAAGGAACAGCGCAGGUUCACGGCGAGGACGUUCAAGACGCUGAUCAGUACCACACAGACUCUCGAGAGGCAUAUACACGACGAACUGUCGAACUUGGUUCGCGAGCUGGCGUCUCACAAGGGCGAGCCCGUGGCCAUCUCCUCGUUGUUGCUGUCCAGCACGUCCAACGUCAUCACGGCGCUGGUGUACGGCCGGAGGUUCGAGUACGGCAGCCCCGAGCGUGUCGAGCUGGACGAGUUCGCCGAUGGGAUCAUGGCGUUGGCGCCACAGAUGUCGCCCAUCAACUUCUUCCCGUGGCUGCGCAGAGUGCUCUCCAUUCUUCGCAUAGGAGCAUGCGGGAGGCUCAGGAGCGCUUUGAUACGAAGGGAUCGCCUCUCAGAGACCCUAAUAGGCCUUCACGAGAAAACCUAUCAGGACGGUGUGGUUCGUGACUACGUUGAUGUCUUUCUCAGCGAGAUGAGACGACGAGAGAAAGAAAAGAAGACUUUCACGCGCGACGUGCUUAAGAGCAACGCGGCCUCCUUCUUCGGUGGCGGGAGCGAGACCGUGCGCUCCGCGAUAGAGUGGCUGCUACUGACAUGCGCCGCCAAGCCGGAGAUGCAGAACCGCAUCCGGGCCGAGAUCGACGUCGUGCUCGGUCAAAGCGGUCAAGGUUCUCGCGUGCAGUGGGAAGACCGCAGCAGGAUGCCGUACACGCAGGCCUUCAUCUGGGAGAUGGCGCGCUACGAGCCGAUCAACCCUUUCGGCCUCAUGCGAUGCGCCAGCGAGGACACGAAAGUAAGCGGCUACGUAAUACCACGAGGUAGCGUCGUGGUCCCUUCGCUGAGGUCCAUCUUCUACGACACGUCCUUUUGGCAAGACCCAGAAGUUUUCCGGCCCGAGCGCUUCUUGGUCGAAGGAGGCACCCGAGCCAGGAAACCUGAGAGGCUGAUCCCUUUCUCAUACGGCAAGCGUUCUUGCCCCGGGGAGAUGAUCGCCAACAUGGAGACGUUCAUCUUUCUUACCACCAUCCUGCAGCACUUCAUCAUCGAGGUGCCUCCCAGUGGUCCGGCCCUCGCUUUCGACGAGGUGUUGACCAUAUCGCUUAGGCCCCGAUCGCAGGAAUUAGUUUUCCGCGCGCGACAAAUGCGCGCUUGACAGCACCCCUAAUAGAUCCUGCAGCAAGUGGUUUUGCAGAGUACUCGAAUCAUACGCGCUCCGAGACGCCGCUUGGAAUUCCUGCGAACCCUCCGUUACCGCUCUGUGGUUAUGAUGAUGAUGAUGUUUCAGUGGCAUCCCCUUUGAAAUGGGGCGGUGAAAAAUAGUCACCUAGGCUGCUUGAUUUAAUCAGGUCGCCAAUACAUGUUCUUUACCUAGCAUUUUUGUGUACAUCGCCUUAAUAUUUUUUUCCCCUUUGAAUAUAUAUAUAUAUAUAUAUACAUAUACAUACCUUGUACCGCUGACCAUGACUGUAUAUAAGAGACCCGGCUGUAUCGAUCUCUUCCCUGCUUUUUUCCCACCAAUACUCUAACUGUCUCUUUCUUACUGACUGCUGACCGGACGAUGCUUCCGCCCACUUCAAAUCCAAGUGGUCCUGGAAAGUGUACGUUACCUACGGUUCUCUCUGGGUGAAUCUCUUCGCAUUCCAUAAGGAUGUGCUUAGUGGUCUCCGGAGUUUUGCUGCAGCAUGGAUGGACGGACGGACGGACGGACGGACGUGUGUGUGUGUGUGUCUUGUUAUUUUAUGGUAAUGUUCUACCUAUGUUAAAGAAGAAUGAAAUUAACAGAAAAGGGAAUAAACAAGAUGAAUUCCCAUA